GGAGCUGUCGACAGGUACACGACACAGCUGACUGGGUGCGCGCAGCCGUUCGCUCUCCGUGGUGCUGAACGUUCUCCUAACCGCUACCUGCCUCACUGUAGGUCGUCACGAAAGAUAAGGGAGAGUGGAGCUUCUUCCACUGGAAAAUAGCCAUACAAUUUAGACUUUUCCGCAUAAUCAUUGACGUUGUUUCUCUCAUAAUCUUAUCAUAUCGUGGACACAUUUCAAACGUUAUCAAGAGGGUGAUUUGUAUAUUUUUUAUUUUAGCAAUUGACUGGGAUCUGUAGCCUACAAGAUGGCACUGAAUGGAUGUACAUUGCAUAAGGCAAAGGAAGAUUUAUCAGACUGUUUUGUGACUGUGAACCCAUACCAUAUCAGAUUGGUCGACUAAUUCUGCAAUAUAAUCGUUUUUUUCUCAGCUCAUUCUAUACACCUGGCAUUGGAUGUCUAAACCUCGAGGCACAUAAAUUCGGAUUCACAUUUUACCGAAUAUGUUUAGCAAUAUUCCAUAUUUGAAUUAUUUAUCGUAAUAUAAAAGAAAUCGAGCAGAAAUCAAGAAGAAUUUGGAAUCAUGGAAUCCGAUCCCGAACCCGUUAAGCAUCGGGCUUUCCCGCCCAGUAAAGAAGGGCUGAAGAAAUUGGCUGGAAAGACCUUCGGCCAUCUGUACAGGGUGGUGGAGAAACGUCAGAAGACAGGUGAGGUGAUCGAGUUAACGGAGGACGGCCGGCCCUCCGAGCAGCAGGAGAAGAAACCGCCUUUAUGUGACUGCACGUGCUUCGGCCUCCCGCGCCGUUACAUCAUCGCCAUCAUGAGCGGCCUCGGAUUCUGCAUCUCCUUCGGCAUCCGGUGUAACCUGGGCGUGGCUAUCGUGGGCAUGGUCAAUAACAGUACCAUACACAAGGAUGGCAAGAUCAUCAUCACAGAGAAAGCGAAGUUCAACUGGGACCCAGAGACGGUGGGGAUGAUCCACGGUUCAUUCUUCUGGGGUUACAUCGUCACACAAAUACCCGGAGGGUGGAUAUGCUCACGACUAGCAGCAAACAGAGUGUUCGGGCUAGCCAUCUUCCUCACGUCCACCCUCAACAUGCUCAUCCCCUCAGCUGCCCGCGUGGACUAUCGCUGCGUCAUCUGCGUCCGCAUACUACAAGGUCUGGUGGAGGGAGUGACCUACCCUGCCUGUCAUGGCAUCUGGAGUAAGUGGGCCCCACCACUGGAGAGGAGCCGUCUGGCCACCACCUCAUUCUGUGGAUCCUAUGCUGGUGCCGUGAUAGCCAUGCCUCUGGCUGGGAUCUUGGUCCAGUACUCUGGCUGGUCCUCCGUCUUCUAUCUGUACGGCUGCUUUGGGAUGUUCUGGUACAUGUUCUGGAUCCUGGUGUCCUAUGAGAGCCCAGAGGUUCACCCCACCAUCACCGCCGAGGAGAGACGUUACAUCGAGGAGAGCAUCGGAGAGGGUCAAGAACUAUUCGGUCCUGCUAGCAAAUACAAGACUCCAUGGAGGAAGUUCUUCACCUCAAUGCCCGUCUAUGCUAUCAUCGUGGCCAACUUCUGCAGGAGCUGGACUUUCUACCUGCUCCUCAUCAGCCAGCCGGCCUACUUCGAGGAGGUGUUCGGCUUCGAGAUCAGCAAGGUGGGCAUGGUGUCGGCCCUGCCUCACUUGGUGAUGACCAUCAUCGUACCCAUCGGAGGACAGCUGGCUGACUGGCUACGCACCAGAAACAUCCUGUCUACUACCACCGUCAGGAAGAUCAUGAACUGUGGAGGGUUUGGAAUGGAGGCCACUCUGCUUCUCGUGGUUGGUUUCUCUCACACCAAGGGUGUGGCCAUCUCUUUCCUGGUUAUGGCUGUGGGCUUCAGUGGCUUCGCUAUAUCAGGUUUCAAUGUGAACCACCUGGAUAUCGCCCCUCGCUAUGCCAGUAUCCUGAUGGGUAUAUCUAACGGUGUGGGAACCCUGUCAGGGAUGGUGUGCCCACUCAUCGUGGGGGCCAUGACCAAAAACAAGACUCGAGAGGAGUGGCAAUGGGUAUUCCUCAUCGCUGCCCUGGUUCACUACGGAGGGGUCAUCUUCUACGGGAUCUUUGCGUCGGGCGAGAAGCAGCCGUGGGCCGACCCGGAGCUGACCAGCGACGAGAAGUGUGGCUUCAUCGACGAGGACGAGCUGGCAGAGGAGACGGGUGACAUCACACAGGGCUACAGUGGUGGCAUGGCGGCAGUAGGCGCAGGGAAGAGUUACGGGGCCACUACAACUGGGCUCAACGGGGGCUGGGUGGCACCAGACAGCUGGGAGAAUGUAGAGGAGGAACCAGCUGGGCAGACCUGGGCAGAUUGAGACUACUCAUAGAACAGGGCCGUGUGUAUCGAGUGUAUCAGCGCAGAAGUGCAGAUUUUGGAUCGUGUUUUGCCUUUUAUAUCAUAAUAAAUAAUAUUAGGUGGCUGAUCCUAGAUCAGCUAUCUUACUCUGAGAUGCUUGAUACAUAUGGCCCCAGAUAUAAUCAUGUUAUGGCAGCAGUGGGGGUGUUCUAGCCUGGUUUCUGAUCUGUUUGUGCUGUCUUGCCAAUGCCUACAAUGACCAUAGACCACUGCUACAAUGACCACGGCACAAACAGAUCUGGGACCAGGCUAGGGUAGUUCACCCACUAAAAGAGAGAGAGAGAGAGAGAGAGAGAAAGAGAGAGAGAGAGAGAGAGAGAGAGAGAGAGAGAGAGAGAGAGAGAGAGAGAGAGAGAGAGAGAGAGAGAGAGAGAGAGAGACAGAGAGAGAGAGAGAGAGAGAGAGAGAGAGAGAGAGAGAGAGAAAGAGAGAGAAAUGCCAUUGUGGUUUGCACAAAUUAGCAUAAAAAAAUUAGAUACUGUAUGUAAAAUAUUUACGUAUAUUGAGAAAGAAAAUGUAAAAUAAUAAAAUCACGCGUUGGUUCCACACAAGCAGGUUAAAAUAUCAUAAUAAUAUAAUAAUAUAUUUCCAGUUAUAUAAUCCCCAUGUCGCUCGCACAUCUAGAGCCUUCGAUCCUAGCAGUUUAAGGGCAACGGUAGACCUAGUUAUUAUACCUUCAAGGCUCCCUAACCUCAUAAAAAAUGUACUUGAAACAACAAACGAGCCAGAUAUUGUGAACGUCAUAGGUCUAUAAAACCCUUGUCUGAAAUAUCACUUUCUGAUUGCACUGAUACUGUAAGUAUAAAAAAAAAAAAAAAAAAAAAAACUAGAUAUUAUUAUAUUUCUUAUCAAUGGCGUUUUAUGUACUUUAUAGAUAUACUGUUUCUGUGAGACUAUUGUGGAUUUGGGUCGUCGAUCUGUGUGACAAAUUGAUGUAAAAAGGCCAUAUUUUUCACGGACAUAAUCUUUUCAGGGAGUUGUAUGAUCCGCUUACAAAACAAAGUCUUGUUCUUGAGCAAGGCCUAAACAACUAAGGAAAAGACUUAAACUAGUGUGUGUGUGUGUGUGUGUGUGUGUGUGUGUGUGUGUGUGUGUGUGUGUGUGUGUGUGUGUGUGUGUGUGUGUGUGUGUGUGUGUGUGUGUGUGUGUGUGUGUGUGUGUGUAAAACUCAGUGUACUAUUUGUAUGUGCGUUGUUGCAUGAAUUUGCUCAAAUAGAUGUUUCUGAUACAGCUUUUUCAUAGCCACUGAUAGUCCUCAUCCCUUUCACUGCUAUAUUUUGAAAUAAUAUGUCUAGUACCAUACCAGUGAUAACAUGGACUUUUAUGUUCAUAUGUUCAUAUAUGGUAUUCAUGAGAGAUUUUAAAAAAUAUAUACAUAUAAUGAUUGCACUAUAAGCACAGAAUUACACUAGAAUGAACAUUGGCACCCUGGCAUCAUGACAACAGGUUGGCCAUCUUUGACUGAUAUUGUAUUUCUACGUGUGAAGGAUAACUUUUCUCUCAAGGGCAUCAUUGAUUGAGCAACUGUGUUUGAUGUGCAUUGCAAUAAUUCCCCCAUUGUAACGGUUGCUACUAUCCAUCCAGUUUCUGUUCCAUAAACUAGUGUAACACUGGCUUGCUGUAUCUAACUAGUUCUUUUUUUUGUGGGGGAGUUGUCAUAAAGAUUAAAAGAGAAUAUAAAGUGUAUGUUUAUAUGAAAUAAAUCGCUGCUGUUCUUAGGGAGAAAAAAAAAAUACAAAUUACAACACUGCUUUAUAAUACAGAGAAUGAUUAUGACAUUUUUGCCAGACGAGAAGAUCUGAAAAUCGAAAACAAUUGAAUGUUCGUGUUGAUCUAGAUGUGUCUUCAUUUCUUUCGUUUGCCAACCUACAGUAGUGGUCCAUUUUGAAUGUAUAUGGUAUUUGUGUAAUAACCCACUGAAUUAUCAUGAAUGUUCAUUGGCUUGAAUGAAUCUUCAUCGAUGGGAUAUCCUUUCUUUUCCUUAUUGGUUGCAACAAAAUAAUAAUAAUAAUAAUGAAUUCUCUGCAAGGGUGUUUAAAAAAAUAUAUACAAAUACUGAAAAAAGUACUGACGAAUGUUGCUAUAUUUGGGCUUUGAGUCCGACGUUUUA